CUCCCGCCCCUCCCUUCCCCUCCCCCCGUGCCGGUGUCGGGAGGUGUCUCCGCCGUUGGACCCCGCCAUGGACUCCGACUCCUGCGCCUCCCCGCCGCCCCCUCAGGAUUUCCCUCCCAGUUCCCGGCGAUGCCGCACCGUGGAAGACUUCAACAACUUCUGCACCUUCGUGCUGGCCUACGCGGGCUACAUCCCCUACCCCCAAGAGGACUCCGUGCGGAGCAGCCCCAGCCCUCCCAACAGCACCGGCGGCACCAUUGACAGUGACAGCGGGGAGCCUCACUAUGGGGACGCCCCCUCGGCCAUCUCCCUUGGCCAGCUCGCCCGGGGCCAGCCCUACUCUGCUGCCCUGUACCAGUGGGAUGAGCCCGGCAGCUUCCUGCUGGAAAGAAAGAAGCCAGAAAAGAUGAGGAGGAAGAGGAAGCUGGGGAGGAGGGAAGCGCAGGCGGCACCGGCAACGGUGGCAGCAGAGGAAGAGUACCGGGCGAAGCUGCUGAAGGAGGAGGAGGAGGAGCCCUACGCAGCGAGGACGCCCACGAGCCCCUCCUCGGAAGGCGAAGCUCAUUCCUCUGCAGAUCGCUGCUCCGCCUGGGACUCAGACACCCCCUCCAACGCUUCUUACCCACCAGUGGUCCUUGAGGAGGAGCAGGGCCUGAUCCAGACGGUGGGCAAGCGCACCAUCAUCCGGCAGGGGAAGCAGGUGGUGUUCCGUGACGAGGAUGGCAGCGGGGAUGACGAAGACAUCAUGGUGGAUUCCGAUGACGACUCCUGGGACCUCGUGACCUGCUUCUGCAUGAAGCCCUUCGCCGGACGGCCCAUGAUCGAAUGCAACGAGUGCCACACCUGGAUCCACCUCAGCUGUGCCAAAAUCCGCAAGUCCAAUGUCCCCGAGGUCUACAUCUGCCAGAAGUGCCGGGACUCCAAGUUCGACAUCCGCCGCUCCAAUCGGUCCCGGAUGGGCUCACGCCGACACUUCCUGGACUAGCGGAUGGACCCCUUCCCUGAGAUGCAAAUGGACUCACCCUGCAGAACUCAAAACUCCAGUUGGCAGGGAAGGAGUAGCUACACGAGCAAUGGUUUCCCCUCUAUGCUGGGAGCUUGCUGGGUGUAACAGUAACCCCAGUGGCCCUUGAAUGCCUGAACCACUGCUGGAUAAGGGACUGAUCCAGUGCCUGAAUCAGCUGGGAAAUGCAAGACUGGGAGGAUGAUAGCAAGAGGCUAGUAGCCUCUUGUGUUGCAUCUCUUCCUGUCUGUUGCUUUCCUUCUUAUCCCAGCAUUAAAAUAUACCAGUGGGUGCUAAGGGGACUGCACAUUGAAAAGGUAGAGUUGGGGUUGGGAACAAGGUGUCCUGGGCCCCGAAAGAGACUGCAGCUGUCGGUCUCUGUCUCAGGUCUGCCUCUUGGUUUGUGCCUGGGAUCUCUCUUAAAGGAUGUGGUAGGGAGAGUGAGCGUAACCCGCCCCAUCUGGUGGUUUGUCAAGAGCAGGGACGCCACCCCUUUCCUGAAGCUGGGCAGUUCCAAAAACAAUGUUAGUGAGCUGGGCAUUUGAUGGAAGAAGCCAUCCGUGGGUGAAGAUGGAAAUGAAGGCUCACCAGCCUGGCUGAGUUUUCUCCUGUGCGUGUGUUUUUGUGUUUUGUUUUUGCUAACUCUAAAGGCUCUGGUCCACCGUGGUUUCAGAUUUGCUUUAAUUGACUAUCCCUUCUCCCCAGGUAUUCUGAGAGUGGAAUAGGUGCACAUUUUUUUAGUGCUAGAUGCAGAAAAAUACAGGAGGGAGCAAAAGCUGGCACCUGGGCACCAAGAAGGAUCAGGCUGGCCUUUUUUAAGAUCAGAGAAGUAUGGAAGUUGGGGUGUCUAAUGACAGGCCCUGUAGAUUCUGGCUGAGGAGCUACAUUAGAGAAUUCAUGCAGAGGUGGACGACACUUCCCUCAUCGGGGGUGGGGCAGUGAGGUACUUCUGAGCAUUGCACAGACUGAAUCGUUGUUUGCAAGAGGUUCAGCAUUGCUUGAAGAAGACCAAAUUCUCUGUCCAGUCAGAGAGAUGAGGGGAGAGCUUGUAUGGGAGAAGGGCAUAGCAGGGCUGCUCCACAGAGCACACCCAGGUGGGCCUUCUCUGUGCCUCAAAUCCAGCAUCAACGGCCAGCCUUGUGGGUAUUUCCUGCGGUCAAUUCAUGUGAGACUGUGUGAAAAAUCUCGAGAUCUGUGGUGCCCAUGGACUCAGAUGGAGAGCUACUAAACAAUGAUGUGGUGGGGAAUUCUUUUCACCCCCCGUUUCAUCAGUUACUGAUAGGCUAGAAGGGACACUUCGGUUGUGUCCUGCUUUGAUGCAGCCACAUGGAAAAGCUCAUCCAGAUCUUGACUUACCAAGACUGAGAAAGUUGUAUCCAGCUUGCUCUUUCAGGUGAAACCAUUUGUCAAAGAUGGUUUUUUGCCUGUAGCGAAAGCCCCUGGGACGCUUUUCGCACCGCAAGGGGACGAUCCUGGCAGCCUGGGCCCCCAUCUCAGGUUUUUACUUCUGCAGAAUCACUGUGGGAUUCUUUCCUCUAACUUGCAGGUUUGCAACAAGACCUUUUGGGUUGACGUCAGGGUUUCUGCUCUAGGAUUUCAUUUCAGUUUUGUUGUUGUCUAUUUCUUCUCACGGGGUGGUGUCUGAUAACCCCAAAUUAUUGGAUUUUUCAGCUGAAGACUAAACACCUGCAUGUCUGAGUACAUCCAUGUAUAAUUUCAAUUUGGGAGCUUUAAUUUUUUUAAAUAAAUAAAUAAAAAUUAUUUGUUUUAUCAGA